UGAGGACACAUUGAUUGCACAAAGCUUAUCCCCUAUAAACAAACUACGGUAGAGGGGCGUGGUUGACGGCUGAUGUCAUGGUGUGACAGCAAAUCAGAGUGUUUAGCUGUCCCACGGGACCAAUCAGCGUCCGGUGUGGUCGGAGUCCCCGCCCCCCCGGUGGCUGGUGUGCGGUGUUGCCGGCUGGCUGAAGGCAGAUGGUUGAAGCCGGCGGCGCUGGGUGGCCGUAGGGAUGAAUGGUGCGGCCUGUCCACUGUUUGACACCAAGGAGCGAGUGCUGAAACUCGGGGAGAGCUUCGAGAGGCAGCCGCGGUCAGGCUUCCACACUAUCCGAUAUGAUUUCAAACCGGCAUCGAUUGACACAUCAUGUGAGGGCGACCUGGAGGUGGGGAAAGGGGAACAGGUGACCAUAACACUGCCCAACCUAGAGGGAUCCACCGCACCCAUCACCGUAUUUAAAGGCUCCAAGCGGCCGUACCUGCGGGAAUGUAUCCUGAUAGUGAACCAUGACACGGGCGAGUGCCGGCUGGAGAAGCUGAGCAGUAACAUCAGUGUGAAGAAGACCAGAGCUGAAGGAAGCAGCAAGAUCCAAUCCCGCAUCGAGCAGCAGCAACAGCAGAUGAGAAAUACCAGCAAGACCCCAACCAGCAGCAAAACCUCCUCCCCCCUGGGCAAACUCUCCCCCACGUCUCCAAUGGACGACAUAGAGCGAGAGCUGAUGGCGGAGGCCAGUGUUAUCGACCAGAUGAGCAGCUCAGACAGUUCAUCAGGGUCCAAGAGUUCAUCGUCCUCCAGCAGCGACAGCUCCAGCGACUCUGAAGACGAGGGGAAAAAAUCUUCGCGCUCGGCCUCCCAGCUCCAGCAAUCCUCCUCCAGCAUGGAGAUCGGGAACGGCAAGUCCCAAGAUGGCGGCAAGCAGCUGAUGAGCACCCUGAGUACGUGUCAUCUGCCACUGACAUAGUUUAUUGUAAAGGUGUUUGGAAUGACCUGCAGCUGAGCGAGUCUGGCAGUGACAGCGAUGACUGAGCCGCGGAGCUGACGCUUCCCCACAUCUGAAUGUUCUGACGGGGCCUCAGUCUGGGUGGGGGUUUAUUAUGGCCGCUCGUGUGACCUCCCCCGCCGCCGCUGUCGCCUUCUACCAUCACUGCCUCUUAUAACUCAAGGACCAGAGAUUUUCUGCAGUUUUCUGUUUCUUUUAAGUUGUUCUAUUGACUUGAUGUAUAGCGCCUCACGGAGGACUUCACCGGCCGCUGCAGCCGCCAGGCCCUGCAUCUUGUCAGGACUAAAGUCAGUAUUUCUUCUUCUUUAUUAUUUUUUUCUGUUUAAAAAACUGAAGAAAAAAACAACCAAAGUGCAAUAAAAUGUGAAUUAUCUGA